UUUAAUAAAAAUGCAGAUGAUUGCAUUAAGAUGAGGAAGAAGGGCACAGCCCUUCUUCAGAUCUUUCGGGAUGUUCACCUCGAAAUCCGCUGGAGAAGCCUCUAAUACUCUAUGAAUCAUUCCUAAGUGCAACUUCUCCUUUGAUUGGGGUCGCAACAGAUCGAGAGAUAAAGUGAGAUUCACUGAAUUCGGAAGUCUUGAGGAAGAAAUUAACUCAAGAUUUGACGUUGAACAUAACAUUCCAAUCCAUAGAGACUCACGUCGCUGCGGAGCCAUUGGAUACAAGGUAGGAAUGACCCAAAUUUGGGAUAAAUGGGGUCUCCGGAUUCCAUGCACUGUCAUCCAGAUUGAUAGAUGCCAAGUUAUUCAAAUCAAGGAGAGUAUUGAUGGGAAACUAAGACAUAACAUUCAGGUUGGAGCUGGAGAAGGCAAUAUUAAGAAAAUCAAAAAGUCUCUAUUAGGCCACUACUUAAACGCAGGAGUUCCGAUUAAGAAACAUUUAGCUGAAUUCGAAGUGACAAGAGAUAACUUCCUCCCUGUUGGCUACAUGAUUGGACCGUCUUACUUCAAAGUUGGGAAUUAUAUUGAUAUCAAGGGAACUUCCAAAGGUAAAGGUACCCAAGGAACUAUCAAAAGAUGGAAUUUCAGCCACCAGUACUUUACACAUGGAAAUUCAAAAGCUCACAGAGCACCAGGAGCCUUGCAGGGAUGUGAGUUCCCAGGAAAAGUUUUCAAGGGGAAGAAAAUGGCUGGUAGAAUGGGUAAUCAAUCCUCCACCCAAUUCAGCUGCAAAGUUAUGAGAGUAGACACCCCAAGGUCUCUUCUUUAUGUUAGAGGAUCAAUUCCAGGAGCUAAUGGAAGCAUGGUAACAAUCAGAGAUGGUUUGAAGAAAAUGGAUAAGCAAGUGAGACAGGUUAAUGAGAUCAGAACUGGAGUUGAUACCUACCCAGGUGAUGAAGAAGAUCCAUAUGAAGUCUACGAGAAUGAGAGUUAG